ACGAUCGCAAAACAACGCACGUCCGUACGUACGUUCACAAUUUGUAUACAGAUAGAUUGGAACAAGAUUGGAAAUUUAGAGUAAAAUCAGAAACAAGACAUCGGGAGUUUAUCAAUUUCUGGAUGGUACAUUGGAUUUUUUUGCAUGAGCUAUCAAACACCUGAUGUACGGUAGUCAAGGAUGGGAAAGUCUCAAAGUAGGCCAGGAUCAAAUUGGUCUUGGAGUUACAAAAGGAGAGAAAAUCCAGAAGGGGAUUCGUACAUCUUGAGAGGGUGUAUCAAUGCGCGCUAUCGAGAUUCAGAGGAACAUCUUUGGACCGCUGACGGGGCACCUGAUCAAAUACCAGGAUGUAAAAACCAUCACCAUGGCCAACAUUAUGGGUGCGACGGCAGACAAUCAGAGAGACCAAUGGCUUUGCACCGAGACUUGUGUUCACUAAAAGUGGAUCUACCUCCAGAGGUGACUGGAUCAAGAUGCAGUCUGAAGGUACAGACCAGACAGGAGGACUCUCCUAGCAAGAAACUACCGCCUUCUUCCCCUACAUCACCAACCAUUGGGGCAGUGGAUUGUGAUGUAUCGCUAGAUGCAGAGAAAGAGACGCAGGAAUGGGCCUUCACUCUCUAUGACUUUGAUGGGCACAGGAGAAUCACAAGAGAGGACCUGUCCAGCAUCCUGAAAUCGAUCUCUGAGGCCCUCGCAUGCUCCGUCAUCCUGCCCCCGAGCGGUAGCCGCAAGCUGAAGCUUCGCCUGUCCAUGCUGUCCGAUCACGAGAGGGACACUCGCAAGAAGACUGCAGACAAAGCCAGCCAACCUAGUACACCAAGCCAUGACAAUCUCAGCCAGCAGCAAUCUGUCGGCACACAGUCCACGUCGCUCCCGUCGGCGUCUCCCCUCGAUGCGUCACAACUGUUCAACAAGCAGGAGAACAAGGAGAAUCUCUUCAACCGCGUCAGGGAUCGUGGGGAUGUUCCCACUCACAGGCACAGCUUCAAUGUGAAUCACCAGUGCUGGAGGAAGGAGGAGAAGAGGUCGCGGAGGUCAAAGCAUCGGUCACACUCAAUGGCACCUACAGAUGUGACCGCGCCCCUGUAUGUUGAUCAGCAGGCCAGCCCAGAGAGACAUCAUCGGAAAGCAAGAAAAUCAAGUGCUGGUGUGGAGAAUGGUGCCAACAAGAUGGCCACUGCGGUAUCUAAGCAAACAAACAAUGCGGGUACAAACUGUGUUCCGGUGGAACGCCCUCAGGAGAAUGCAGAGAGACGUAGUUACUACCAGGAACUUGCGGGUAUCGAUCACCAGUGUACGAAUCAUGAGCAAGAUGCGGGAGCGCAGCAGCACAAUGAUCCAGAGACUGAACUACCACUAGGUGCCUCAGCUAGCAGUCCAAACCAAGUGAGUCAUAGACACUUGAAAUCAAGCCCCCAUCAUCGACGGGCAAAGACUUGCGAUCCUCAAGUGCACGGGUUCAAGAAGCAAACCCUGCAGAUGAAUCAGGAAUUGUUCGCAAAGUACGAGUAUGCUCAAAGGCACCACAAAGACUAUCAUAUGCAGCUGCUGGAGGCGUCCAGGACGCGACUGGAAGGGAUGCAGCCGGCUGGACCGAUGCAAGCUGUUGCUGCCGGUGCUGAGGCAACAUUCUGUCACCACAGCCCCAAACAGCACAGCUUUCCGGCGGAACCGGUGCAGGUCGUCACCACACAGGUGGUUGCGCCGGCGACGCAGGCACCACCGGUGAGCAGGGGUAAGCACCGGAGGAGAUCGCGGCGACACCACACCUUGCAGCCUUUGACGGUGAUGAAGCACGAGGUCAUGGAGAAGACAGAGGGGGUGGGGUGUUCCCCUGUCACUCAAAAGCACCAACACCAUCAUCAUCAUGAACAUCAUCAUCAUCACCACUACCAUCACUACCAUGAUAUCGACUAAUUUAUUUAUGGACUUGAUAAUAACUUGAAAUGUUUCAAUAUUUUAAUUGGAACAGAGUUAUGACAAUGUUUAGAUCCCUGCACAAGAAUGUAGGCAAUUUAAAAAGCAGUCAAUGAAUUUUAAUUUAAGUACAUUUAUAGAUGAAUGAUUGAAUAAGUAUUGUUGCCUUGGAUUGAUCAUGUAUUAUUGCAACAAAGAAAGUUAAAAUGACGUGUAUAGUGUAAGGAUUUUUCCUUUGGAUUGAUGUGUUAUUGCAACAGAGAGUAAAGAUUACAUUGUGUCAAUGUACAGGUAUUACAACUAUAAGCGAUAGAUUUUCCCUACUACAUAAUUACAAGUAAAUGUACAUUGUUUUGCAGGGGAGUACAUAUCUUAACUAAGCAGAUACCCCUUAUAGAUGUAUUUAUGGGUCUAUUCAUUUUAAUUGAAUGUAAUAAAUGCGUUGAUACUUGUUUGCCAAGGUGCAUUUAACCAGAAUUCCUCUUGUAAAUUAUUUGUUUGGCAGUUAUUUUUCAAAGAUAGAUACAGUAUUAUGUUAUUAAAGGAGAUUUCUAUUUCUCACUAAAGCCUUGAUGUUUCGUUAACUCUUGUUUUACAGAAAAUAUUAUGGAUAAAUUAUACACCCAGUCAUGCAACUUAGGCCAACCAUUUCAGCCUGUCAAUAUUAUGCAUUCACCAACAGAAAACAUUCAAUUAUUCUUGCAUACUACAUGUAAAUGUUGAUCAAGGUAAAGGUUUAGGUUAAUUAUUCCUGAUAUUGUAGAUUAAAUGCAAAUUAAUCAUUGCAUGGUAAUCAAUCAAAAAAGGUAUAAAAAUUGUACUUAGGCUCAUCACGCUGGUCUAAACAUUGUAAUUUUACUCCCAUCACAAUUUUAUGAUGGAAUUUGACUAGUACUAUGUCAAAAUGGUUUAACAGUUUUAAGACCAAAAAAAUUAAGAGAAUUACAAACUACAGUGUGUUUUUUGUUAAUGUUGAUGUGUUUCACUUGUAUUGGGACUGACUUAAAUUGCUUGUAUUUGAAGAGUCUGAUUCUCAGAAGUACAUGUACAUGAGCAGCAUUA